UUGUUAAUGAUUUCGGAUGCUGCAUAUAUUUCAAUAAUUAAUUUAAAAUCGCUUGCUUUGCCAAUCUCGACUGUGUCAUUCGAAAGCUGCAAUGAGAUUUUUUGAGAAUAAGUUCCCUGAGUAUAAAGAAGAUGUCAAGGUUGUGAUUGAUGUCUCAAAAUGGAUGCCUCAAGUCUGUCAAAUUGCAGAAUCCAUUUUGCAAGGGAUGCCUGCAACCCUUGAAAACUGUGAUGGUGGACUGUACGUUGGUAAUGCUGGAAUCGCUUACAUGUUUUAUUAUCUUGCACAAAAUGAAGCCUUCAAAGACAUGCGCUCAAUAUUUUUGGAGCGUGCCAUUAUCUAUUCUAAUAUUGCACAAGAACAUGUGGCCGCCUCACAACAAGACAAGGCAUCUUUCCUCCUUGGGGUGGCUGGUGUGCAUGCAGUUUCAGGUCUGAUUCAUGAAAACAUUGGCUCCACAAAAGAUGCGUCAAUUUUGUUAGAUAAAUUCUCAUCAAUAGCUGAUGUUUGUACUCCAAUGAACUUCCUUCGGUGUGGGUCAGAUGAGCUGUUUGUUGGCAGAGCUGGUUACCUUUGUGGCGUCAUGAACUUGCACCAGAAACUUGGCAGAAAGGUUGUGAGUGAUGCUGCUGUCCAGAAACUCUGUGAGGUCACGCUGGAGUCAGGCAGACAGUAUGCCAGCAGAACCCCAAACAUUCCUCUCAUGUAUGCUUACUACAACACCGAGUACUUGGGUGCAGCCCAUGGUCUGUCCUCUAUCCUUCAAAUGCUGCUGUGCUUCCCAUCCUUUGUGAAGUCAAGCCCUGACACUGAGGCCCUACUAAAGUCUGGCGUGGACUUCCUGCUGUCCCUGGAACAGGAGAAUGGCAACUUCCCACCCGCCAUGGACGAGGUGAAGUCCCGACGGCCCGACAAGGAGGAGCUGGUUCACUGGUGCCAUGGUGCCCCUGGAGUGGUUUACCUGUUGGCACGAGCGUAUCGUGUAUGGGGGGACGUGAAGUACUUGGAGGCGUGUCUUCGGUGCGGGGAGCUGACAUGGAAACGGGGCCUGCUGAAGAAGGGUCCCGGGAUCUGUCAUGGGGUAGCGGGAAGUGGAUAUGUAUUCCUACUUCUCUACAGGCUUACUGGAGAUGAGAAGCACCUUUACCGGGCCUUGAAGUUUGCGGAGUUUCUGUUCAGUCAUGAAUUCCAGGGGGCCAGGAUUCCUGAUAGCCCCUACAGCCUUUACGAGGGGUGGGCGGGAACUGUCUGCUUCCUGGCUGACCUUCUCCAGCCUCAGAAUGCAGAGUUCCCGCUCUUCAAUGUUUUCCUUGAGUGAUGAUGCUUCCUAUCAUGUAAUGUCAUUUCUUCAGUGAUGUAAGUUGCAGAUGUGAUGACGCUUCCCUAAAUGAUGACGUUUUCUUGCUGCUUGAUGUCUCUUUAAGUGAUGACGCUGCACCUGUAGUAAUGUCAUUUUGUUUAGUGCUGACGCUGCAUCCUUGAUGAUGCUUCCUAUAAAGAGAUUACGAUUCCUGAAGAUAUGAUGCAUCCUGUUAAGAGAUUACAUUUCCUGGAUGCUUCAUGUCAAGAGAUAAUGUUUCCUGGAGAGAUGAUGACU